GCGCUGUCAGGCCCCUGUGUGUGAAGGAUGGGGAAGAACCCUGAGCCCAAUCCCGGGGCCCCCACCUCACUUCCUGAUACAUGAGGAAAUGGAUGAACAGAAGAUCUUAGAAGUCAUCAACAAGAUGAUGGAGCUGCUGACUGGAGAGGUUCCUAUAAGGUGUCAGGACGUGGCGGUCUAUUUCUCCAUGGAGGAGUGGGAGUAUGUAGAAGGACACAAGGAUCAGUACAAGGAUCAGGUCAUGAUGGAGGAUCAGCAGCCCCUCACAUCACCAGUCAGAUCCAGUAAGAGAACAGUACCAGAGAGGUGUCCCCGUCCUCUUCUUCCACAGGAUAAUCAGGGUGAAGAUCUGAACAAUAUUAAUGCUCCAGAGACAGAUGUAAGCAGUGAUGAGCAGUGUAAGAAGGACAUUCCUACAGAGAAAGAUCUGAUCUAUAUUAAUGCUACAGACAUAAAGGAAGAAGAGACAGAUGUGAGCGAUGAUGAGCAGUAUAAGGAAUACAUUCCUACAGGGAAAUAUCUGAUCUAUAGUAAUACUACAGACUUAAGGGAAGAAGAAGAGACAGAUAGGAGCAGUGAUAAGCAGUAUAAGGACAUCAUUUCAACAGGGAAAGAUCUGAUUUAUAGUAAUACUACAGACCUAAGAGAAGAAGAGACAUACGUGAGCGGUGAUGAGCAGUGUAAGGAGGACAUUCCUACAGGAAAAGUUCAAAUCUAUAGUAAUACUACAGACUUAAGGGAAGAAGAAGAAGAGACAGAUAGGAUCAGUGAUAAGCAGUAUAAGGACAACAUUUCAACAGGGAAAGAUCUAAUCUAUGGUAAUAAUACAGAAUUAAGGGAAGAAGAAGAGACAGAUGUGAGUGGUGAUGAUCAGUAUAAGGAGGACAUUCCUACAAGGAAAGAUCUGAUCUAUAUUAAAGCUACAGACAAAAAGGAAGAAGAAGAGACAGAUGUGAGCAGUGAUGAGCAGUAUAAGGAGGACCUUCCUACAGGUAACCACCCAGAUUCUUGUCCCAGGAGAUCAGAGGAGAAUCUUAUAUCUUCAGAUUAUAAAGCAGAUGAUGAUAUCACACAAGAUACAUAUGAAGAACAUUCCAUUAUCCCAGAUACACCCUCAGCCCUUCACAGCCAAGAUCUGUCAUCUCAUCCUUAUAUACAGGUCCUGUCUUCUCAGUCAUCACUGGAUGUUCAGCAAAAGAAAGGUCACAGAAGGGGUGUUGGACAUCAACGAGCUCAUACAGGAAAGAAAUCAUAUUCAUGCUCAGAAUGUGGGAAAUGUUUUACUUUUAAAUCAAGUCUUGUUACACAUCAAAGAACUCACACAGGAGAGAAGCCAUUUUCAUGUUCAGAAUGUGGAAAAUGUUUUACUGUGAAGCCACAUCUUGUUAAACAUAAAAGAACUCACACAGGGGAGAAACCAUUUUCAUGUGCAGAAUGUGGGAAAUGUUUUUCCCAAAAAUCAAGUCUUGCUAAACAUGAAAUAACUCACACAGAGGUGAAGCCAUUUUCAUGUUCAGAAUGUGGAAAAUGUUUUACUGUGAAGUCAUAUCUUGUUAAACAUCAAAGAACUCACACAGGGGAGAAACCAUUUUCAUGUGCAGAAUGUGGGAAAUGUUUCUCUCAAAAAUCAAUUCUUGUUCAACAUGAAAGAACUCACACAGAGGAGAAACCAUUUUCAUGUUUAGAAUGUGGGAAAUGUUUCUCUCAAAAAUCAAAUCUUUUUCAACAUGAAAGAAUUCACACAGGAGAGAAGCCAUUUUCAUGUUCAGAAUGUGGAAAAUGUUUUAAUGUGAAAUCAAGUCUUGUUAAACAUCAAAGAACUCACACAGGGGAGAAGCCGUUUUCAUGCUCAGAAUGUGGAAAAUGUUUUACUGAGAAAUCAAGUCUUGUUAAACAUCAAAGAACUCACACAGGGGAGAAGCCAUUUUCAUGCUCAGAAUGUGGGAAAUGUUUUACUAAGAAAUUACAUCUUGUUCAACAUAAAAGAACUCACACAGGGGAGAAUCAAUUUUCAUGUUCAGAAUGUAGAAAGUGUUUUAAUGUGAAAUCAAGUCUUGUUAGACAUCAAAGAACUCACACAGGGGAGAAGCCAUUUUCAUGUUUAGAAUGUGGGAAAUGUUUUGCUCUGAAAUCACAUCUUCUUAGACAUCUAAGAAUUCACACAGGAGAGAAGCCAUUUUCAUGUUUAGAAUGUGGGAAAUGUUUUGCUCUGAAAUCACAUCUUCUUAGACAUCUAAGAAUUCACACAGGAGAGAAGCCAAUUCAGAGCAAUAAAUGAUGCAGAUAUCACAUCUAUAUAUUAUCCACGUACAUAGGAUAUCUGACAUUUAUACAUAUAUCAUAUACUGCAUCUCCAAACUUGUU